AUGAGAUUAAUGAUACUGUGGUGGGCCGUCUACUCAUUGAUGGUGCCCGCGGCCAUCGCAAAGAGGACAUUAGUAGCCACCUCCUUGGUCACGUGCAUGGAGAACUCACAGCUCACAGCGAGUAGUUUUAACGUUACAUUCAACCCAGAUGACCGGUCGCUGCAUUAUAGUCUGACAAUGGCCACACAGAUUGAUGGGAACAUCACGGCAGAAGUUGAAGUUUAUGCGUACGGGUUCAGGAUUAUAACGCAAAAUGUCGACUUAUGUGAGGUAGGAUGGAAGCAGUUUUGUCCGCUGAAUCCCGGUAACGUUCAGGUAGACUCUAUUCAAUAUGUUCCUCAACACUAUGCCAAUCAGAUUCCCGGGAUUGCUUAUCAGGUGCCGGAUAUUGACGCAUAUGCAAGAGUCAGAGUUUACAACAACCAGAGUGAAAAUCUGGCAUGUGUUCAGGCGUUUUUCUCCAACGGUAAGACCGUUUCACAAACAGGUGUCAAAUGGGCCACAGCUGUUGUAGCAGGGAUAGGUUUGCUAUUAUCAGCCUUGCUGUCAACCUUUGGUAAUUCUACAGCAGCUUCUCAUAUUUCAGCCAAUACGAUGUCGUUGUUCUUAUAUUUUCAAUCUGUCGUUGUGGUUUCUAUGGAACACGUUCAUAGAGUACCUCCUAUUGCUGAGGCUUGGGCUGAAAAUUUGGCGUGGUCCAUGGGGCUAAUCCGUAUCUCCUUCAUGCAGAGAAUAUUCCGUUGGUAUAUCGAGUCCACGGGAGGCAACCCAUCUUUAUAUCUUACCUCAAGAACAGUGUCCCUAUUGACACAGAGAAGCUUGGAGUAUCUCGACUACUUUGGACUUGUAAAGAGAGCAACGAAUGUUUUGUAUGGUAAUUCAAAUGUUGUGAUUUUCAGAGGUAUUGAAAGACUUGGUUACUCAAGCAAUAUUGAAAACACAUCCAUCGUUGCUACAGGAUUUACUUUUUUCAUACUCUGUGGUUAUGUAUUAGCCGGGUUUAUCAUGGCCUGCAAAUAUUCCAUUGAACUCUCCAUAAGAUGUGGUUGGAUGAGAAACGAUCGAUUUUUGACGUUUAGACAAAACUGGAAAACUGUUUUGAAAGGAUCGUUACUCAGAUAUAUUUACAUUGGGUUUACACAAAUGUUGAUUCUAAGCUUUUGGGAGUUUACCAAAAGAGAUUCGCCAGCAGUUAUUGUUAUUGCUUGCUUCUUCAUUGUCCUUUCAUUGGGGCUAAUGUUAUGGGCGGCGUAUAGAACAUGGUAUUUUGCAACACAGUCAAUUCAGAUGCAUAACAAUCCUGCUGCUUAUCUCUAUGGUGAUGAAGUGGUUCUCAAUAAAUAUGGAUUUUUUUAUACCAUGUUCAAUGCUAGACGCUAUUGGUGGAAUAUUGCAAUUUUGAGUUACAUCUUUGUCAAGGCGGUAUUCAUUGCUUUUGCGCAAGCUUCUGGUAAGACUCAAUCUCUAGUCGUUUUCAUCAUCGAUUUGGUGUAUUUUAUUGCUCUAAUAUAUUAUAAGCCCUAUCUGGAUAAACCAACUAACAUUAUGAGCAUUUUUAUAAGCACAGUGACCUUAGUCAAUUCCUUCCUGUUCAUGUUCUUUUCGGAUCUUUUCAACCAGAGCUAUACCGUAUCCGCUGUCAUGGGAUGGAUUUUUUUUAUUAUGAAUGCCGCCUUCUCUUUGAUUUUGUUACUAAUGCUGUUAACAUUUAUUGGCAUCAUUAUAUUCUCAAAGAAUCCCGAUUCUAAAUUCAGACCUAUUAGGGAUGAUAGAACUUCAUUCCAAAGAUACAAUGCCAACGAUGGUACAGUUAAUCCUAAAGUUGCAAAUGAACUUAUGGCAUUAGGUGAUGUCGCCAAUGACCAUGACGAAAAUUGGGAAUCUCACUUAUAUGAUCAGCAAAUGUCCGCAAAAGUACUCGACGAAGAAAAGUCGUCAAUGAAUAAUGAGAAUAGCAGUUCCAGCACUGACAAACCUACAUUAUCUGAGAAAAUUUUGCGCAAGUUUUCACUUAACCGGACAAAGAGUAAAGUUGAAAGGGAUUCAAACGAUGAAUCGAAUGAUAUAACUAGAUUGACACCAGAUAGUGAUCAACUUUCGAACUCACCUCCUAAAAAAUAUCCGGGUGUUACACAUAUAAGACAAGCUUCUGAUUCCCAAAAUGGCCUGAUAAAUUCGUACGAGCAGGAAGAAAGUUUCAAACUAAACCAACCUGACAUAAUGGAGGACGGUAAAGAAUUACCACCCAAAUCAAUUUCCAGAAUGCCGGAAAGAGACAUAAGUCUAGAUAGUAUGACGAAUGAUCAGGAUCCAACUCAAAAAACAGAUAUUCUAGGCUCCAAAUUCAUUUGA